AUGGCCACAGUAGCUUGUGAGAUUACUUGGGUUUUGCAAUUGCUCAAGGAUUUGAAAGUUCAUCAUCCAAGAGCAGCUAUGGUUUUCUAUGAUAAUCAAGCAGCACUUCAUAUAGCUGUUAAUCCUGUGUUUCAUGAGUUAGUAGCAAGGUUGGGACUUAUUGAUAUUUUUGUUCCAAAACCCUUGAAGUUUUGUUCCCAAGAUCAAGUUGCUGUACAAGCAGAUGCUCAGAACUUGAGGGGGAGUGCUGAAACUGAAGCAAAACAUCUACAGAAGCAAUUAAAGAAAACGACAUCGUUUUCUGUCCAAGGAAAGAAGCAGCUACAGAGGAAAAGCGACGUCGUAUUAUUAAAUGAAACUUUAGUUGCUGGCACGUGA